AUGGGUACUCCUGAUAAUAAUAAAUUUUCCGAGAUAGUUGACAUAGUGAAAUCAUGGAUUCCGCGAAGGCCCGAGCACAUGGAUAUGUCCAGGAAUUUUUGGAUGCCUGAUGAGAGCUGCCGAGUGUGCUACGAGUGUGAUUCUCAAUUCACCAUUUUCAAUCGUAGACAUCACUGCCGAUUGUGUGGACGGGUUUUCUGUGCCAGGUGCACUGCGAACUCUGUUCCUGCCCUCUCUUAUGAACCUAGGAGUGUGAGGGAAGACUGGGAUCGAGUUAGAGUUUGUAAUUACUGUUUCAAGGAGUGGGAGCAAAGAUUUGCUACUGCUGGUAAUGGUAUGACUUCAUCAAGUCCGCGACUGAGUCCAUCUUCUUCCACUACAAGUUUGGUCAGCACUCAAUCUAGUUGCCACACCUGUAACAGCAAUAGCAGUGCUGGUUCAGCUGCAUGUUCUACAGGGUCAUUCCAGCAUGUUCCAUAUAGCGCUUGUCAUAGCUCUGGUCAUUUUGCUGAAACGGAUUCAAAUUCAUUCAAGCAAGAUCUGGUAACAAGUCCUGGAAAUUUGGGAAACAUUGAUGCAAGGGAUAUUUUCCAUGACCAGUUUGAAUCACCCAGCAGGAGUGAUGAAGAGGACGAUGACUACUCUAUAUACAGAUCACAUUCUGAAGUAAACCCAUUAUCUCAUGCUGACAUAUGUUAUGGUGCUAUCAACUAUGGUGAGAUUGAUAACAUCUAUAAGCCUCAUGAAGUGCAACCUCAUUCGGAAAGCGCUGAUCCAACUCGUAUAAAUUCCAAUCUAUUGCCUGAGAAUUUUGAGACACAGAAAUUGGAUGAAGUGGAAAAGGUUGGGGAAGAAACAGAUAAACAGAAUCAUGGCAUUGAGUCUGGACAGCCUCCUUUAGAUCAGUUUAAUGGUACAGAUGUUGAACCUGUGAAUUAUGAAGAUAAUGGUCUACUUUGGCAUCCUCCGGAGCCUGAAGAUGAAGAGGAUGAGAGAGAACCCCUUCUGUUUGAUGACGAUGAUGGUGUUCGUGAGGAUUCUACUGGAGAGUGGAGUUACCUACGUUCAAGUAGCUUUGGUAGUGGGGAAUCCCGAAGUAGGGAUAGAUCAAAUGAGGAACACCGGAAGGCAAUGAAAAAAAUAGUUGAAGGGCAUUUCAGAGCUUUAAUAACCCAACUUUUGCAGGUUGAGGAUCUACCUGUAACUGAGGAUAAUAUUCAGAAAAGUUGGCUAGAUAUUAUUACUACAUUAUCCUGGGAAGCUGCUACUUCUUUAAAGCCGGAUACAAGAAUGGGGGGAGGUAUGGAUCCUGGAGGGUAUGUGAAGGUUAAAUGCAUAGCUUGUGGACAUCGGAAUGACAGUAUGGUAGUUAAAGGGGUUGUUUGCAAGAAAAAUGUGGCUCAUCGGAGAAUGACUUCAAAAGUAGAUAAAGCACGACUACUGCUGCUUGGUGGUGCCCUGGAGUACCAACGGGUUGCUAACCACUUAUCAAGUUUUGAUACUUUAUUGCAGCAGGAAAUGGACCAUUUGAAAAUGGCUGUUGCAAAGAUUGAUGCGCACCAUCCCAAUGUUCUUUUGGUAGAAAAAUCUGUAUCUCGAUAUGCACAAGAUUAUCUUCUUUCUAAGGACAUAUCUCUUGUUCUUAAUGUCAAGAGACCGCUUUUAGAGCGUAUAGCCCGCUGCACAGGUGCAGAUAUUGUUCCUUCAAUUGAUCAUCUUACAGCUCCGAAAUUGGGAUAUUGUGAAUCAUUUCAUGUGGAAAGGUUCUGGGAAGAACGUGGAAGUGCUUGGCAAAGUCAAAAGAAUUCAACAAGGACACUAAUGUUUUUUGAAGGCUGCCCGAAGCCACUGGGAUGUACUAUUCUUCUUAAAGGUGCCAGUGGAGAUGAGUUGAAGAAAGUUAAACAUGUAAUCCAGUAUGGUGUUUUUGCUGCUUAUCACUUAGCGUUGGAGACAUCUUUUCUUGCUGAUGAAGGUGCUUCCCUGCCAGAAUUCCCGUUGAAGUCUCCAAUGAAAAUUGCUUUACCCGAUAAACCAUCAAAUAUUGAUAGGUCCAUUUCUACAAUACCUGGAUUUGCUGUGACUGCUAAGGAAAAGCCUCAAGGGCCUAAAUCACCAGACUAUCUAACAUUUCAAUCCAGAAAUGACCUGUUCCCAGAUAUUACACAAUCAUCAAAAACUAUUCCCAUGGCUGAGGCACAAUCUUCUCUUUCUGAAGCUUCUAAUGCUCAAAUUUUAAAUACCAAAUGUAAGCCAUAUCCUUUAAGGUGCAACUUCCCAGGUCAUUGGCAGGCCCAGGUCAAUGCUGACCAUGCUUCUGAGGAGAACAAUGGGAUGGCUCCCAAUGAAUAUUUUGUCUCUAAAAUGUCAUCAGAUCAUAUUGAUGAAAAGCAUAAUCUUCAUCAACUCAAGGAGAUAGGAUCUUUGAAAGAAGAGUUCCCCCCCUCACCUUUAGAUCAUCAAAGCAUUUUGGUCUCCUUGUCAACACACUGUGUGUGGAAACGAACUCUGUGUGAACGUGCCCAUCUCUUUCGUAUCAAAUACUACGGAAGCUUCGAUAAGCCUUUGGGUCGGUUUCUAUUAGACCAUUUGUCUGAUCAGGUGUACCGGUGCCGCUCGUGUGAAAUGCCAUCAGAAGCUCAUGUUCAUUGCUAUACCCAUCAACAAGGCAGCCUUACCAUUUCUGUAAGGAAGCUUCUAGAAUUCCUGUUGCCUGGUGAACGAGAAGGAAAAAUUUGGAUGUGGCACCGAUGUCUACGGUGUCCUAGGACCAAUGGUUUCCCUCCUGCCACAAAAAGAGUGGUCAUGUCGGAUGCUGCUUGGGGAUUAUCUUUUGGGAAGUUUUUGGAGCUUAGCUUUUCAAACCAUGCUUCUGCAAGCAGGGUUGCAAGCUGUGGUCAUUCCCUGCAUAGAGAUUGCCUCCGGUUUUAUGGUUUGGGGAGGAUGGUUGCAUGUUUUCGAUAUGCACCAAUUGAUGUUCUCUCUGUCUACCUCCCACCCUCAAAGCUCGAAUUUAAUUAUGAUAAACAGGAGUGGAUACGCAAAGAAGUUGAUGAGGUUAGCAGCAGGGCAGAUCUGCUCUUUUCUGAGGUGUUGAAAAUUCUUCAUCAGAUGUCAGGAAAAAACUCGAACAAGUCCAGCAUGGAAGCACCUGAAUUAGGUGAACAGAUUUCAGAACUAGAAGUCAUGCUGCAGAAGGAGAAGGAAGAAUUUGAGGAAUCAUUUCAGCACAUGCUUUAUAAGGAGGUUAAAGCUGAACAGCCUGCAAUUGACAUUCUCGAGAUCAACCGAUUAAGAAGGCAGCUAGUUUUUCAUUCUUAUGUCUGGGACCAGCGGUUGAUACAUAUUUCUAAAUCUGAUGUACAUGGAUCAAAGCUUAAACAAAAGUUUGUCAAUUCUAGAGAGAUGCCUAGUGAGAUAGAUGUAGCUUCCAGGGCUAGCAGAGGCUUCAGCAGCUGGAAUUCUUCUCAUUCUUCUCUUUCAAGUAUGGAAAUUGAUAUGACGCAAACUCAGUCAGACAUGCAGAAAUCUGGAAAAACUGUGCGAAGGGCUCAAUCAGAAGGAGGAUUCCCAGAGCUGGAAUCUUCAUCUGCUACUUUAGAUACUGCAUGGACUGGUGAUCACCAGAUUGCAACUGUAGCUUCUAAGGAAGAUGGUAUUUCACUUCCUGAUUCACUCCCCAGAGUAUCUUUUUCUGGCAAGAUAUCACCCAGGGAAGAAUCUGGUGUUGGGAACGGUACAAAUGAUCGAUCUGUGGCUGAAGUGACUCCUGGAAAUGGAUUUGCAUUAUCUGUAAAGGGGCAUAACGAUCUCGAAAAUCCCAGUAGUUGGAUGAGAAUGCCAUUUUUGACUUUUUAUUACUCAUUCAACAAAAAUUCUUCAACAAAUGCAUUUAAACUUGGUAAGAUUAGUGAUUAUAAUCCUGCCUAUAUCUCAACAUUGCAAGAGUUGGUACAUCAAGGUGGCAUUAGGUUGCUGCUACCCAUGGCUUCUGAAGACACUGUUGUGCCAGUUUUUGAUGAUGAGCCUACUAGCAUCAUUUCAUAUGCCCUUGUCUCCCCAGAAUACCAAAACUUCAUGUCUGAGGAACUUGGAAAGCAGAAAAACUCUGUGGAGUCCUCCACUUCGUUAUCAUUCUUGGACUCAGUGAAUUUACUUGCACUCCAAUCUUUUAGCGAUGCAGCAUCUGAAUCUCUACAGAGUCUUGCGUCUGCUGAUGAGAGCAUCUUAUCCAAUUUUGGGUCUCUGAAUUUCUCAAGUUUGGACCCCCUUUUAUUCACAAACACUUUACACGCAAGAGUACAUUUUCCAGAUGAUGGUCCUCAGGGGAAGGUGAAAUAUUCUGUGACUUGUUACUUUGCAAAGCAAUUUGUGGCCUUGAGACGGACUUGUUGCCCAAGUGAGUUAGAUUUCAUCCGCUCUCUUAAUCGCUGUAAAAAGUGGGGUGCACAGGGUGGCAAGAGCAAUGUCUUCUUUGCCAAAACAUUGGAUGAUCGAUUUAUUAUCAAACAGGUGACAAAGACUGAGUUAGAGUCAUUCAUUAAAUUUGCACCAGAUUAUUUCAAGUAUUUAUCUGAAUCUGUAAGAACUGGAUGCCCCACUUGCCUGGCAAAGAUCUUAGGCAUCUAUCAGGUUACAUCAAAACAUCUUAAAGGGGGGAAAGAAUCAAGAAUGGAUGUUUUGGUGAUGGAGAAUCUUCUUUUCAAGCGCAACAUCAAGCGACUAUAUGACCUUAAAGGAUCAUCUCGAUCACGGUAUAAUCCAGAUUCAAGUGGAAGCAAUAAAGUUCUGCUGGAUCAAAACCUCAUCGAAGCAAUGCCUACUUCUCCAAUUUUCUUGGGAACGAAGGCAAAACGGUUGUUGGAGAGAGCUGUGUGGAAUGAUACUUCAUUUCUUGCUUCAAUAGAUGUGAUGGACUACUCACUACUCGUUGGUGUGGAUGAGGAAAAGCAUGAGCUGGUGCUUGGUAUUAUUGAUUUCAUGAGGCAAUAUACAUGGGACAAGCAUCUUGAAACGUGGGUGAAGGCAUCAGGCAUCCUUGGAGGACCCAAAAAUGAGUCUCCAACAGUAAUUUCUCCGAUGCAAUACAAGAAACGGUUUAGGAAAGCUAUGUCUGCCUAUUUUCUAAUGGUGCCUGAGCAAUGGUCUUCAUCAGUGAUCAUUCCGGGGGCAGCCUAA